GUUUGGCAGAUUCUUCAUCACCAACCAAUAGAGAGGAACAUGAACAGACGGUCCCCCAACUUGAAGGCAAUCAAAACGGACACUUACGUUUAGCUCAAACAAUCACUAUUAGUCAAAAUCGCGAAAUAGACAAGCUUUAAAACUGAUGGUGUGCGCUGCUUAGCAGAUGUUGCCGACAAUAAGAUGAGUAUUUUUAGGAUGAUCGCAGAUGAAUGCAUGAAAACUGUGUUCAAAUAUGCCCAAGACUCAGAUUGGAAAGCUUCAAGUUAUGAGAAUGGAAACUGCGUGGUUUCAUACAAGAAGUCACAUGACUGGGAGGGUUACGUGUACAGGAGUGAGUUCAUUAUUGAUGUCUCGCCAAAGGCAGCAAGUCAGUUAUUAUCCGAUAAAAUAAAACACGUGAAAUGGAACAGCAAUGCCAAAGAAAUACACACGAUAGAGUCGCUUGACAAGGACAUGGAGAUAAGGCACAUCGUGUCCCCUGGCUACUUGAUGGGAUUGGUGGCCGCAAGAGAUUUUUGCAACAUAUGCGGAGUGACCAAGAUUCAACAAACGGGAAUUUAUUUUGCAUAUUAUGUAAGCGUGGAUUGCAGAAAAUGUCCCCCGAGCAAGAAGUAUGUGAGAGCCCAUACCUAUCCAUCUGGAACGAUACUAUAUCCAAUAGAAGGGGAACCUAACAAGUCGAGAGUGGUCAGCAUCACGCAGUUUGAUGCCAAAGUACAACCACGUUCCCUUGCAGAAACAUUAUAUCCGUCGCUGAUGGCGCUCUACAGUUCUUGUAUGAAAAGAGGAGCUCAGAAAUUACUUGAGUGACUUCAGUACGGCAUCAUUGGUGUAAUUCAACUUUUGAGUAAACUGGUUUUCCGUGGACAUUUGAGGCAUGCGAAGGAGGAGAGGGGGGGGGGCAAAUGCAGCCUACCAAGGAAUCGCUGCCAUAUUUGCACAAUGUAACUUCGUAUAAUCACUACUACUUUUAAAGUGUUUAUUUUCUCAAAGUUUCUUUUAGAAAUGAUUCGGAGUAAGAUCGAUUCAUUCAUUAUCUUGUACAUUAAAAAUCAAUGUAAAAGUUAUAUUUUGUAUGAAUUAAAUUAUUAUAAACAAUUGA